AAAUGGUUUUUUUUAGAAGAACGAAAAUCGGUAGGAGACGACGAAAAGAAAAAAAAAUCUAGAACCUUCCCUGGCUGCGGCGAGCCCACGAAAUCCAACGAUUGCCAGACUGCCACGGCCAUCCCCGGAAGGAACCCGGGAAUCCACACCCGCGAGCAGCCGCGGCGAAGGAAUCCCCACGAGGGCGGCGAGGGGAGAGGCCAGGCGAGGGAAUGUUGUGGGAGUGGGAGGACGGCGACGAGGCGGCGCGGACGGGCGAGGAGGUGCCCGUCGAUUUCGACUUCUUCUCCUUCUUCGCCAAGCCCAAGGAUUACUACAAGAUACUGGAAGUCGAUUAUGAUGCGUCGGAGGAGACAAUCAGGUCGAGCUACAUCCGUCUUGCGCUGAAAUGGCACCCUGACAAGAAACAAGAUGAAGAAAAGGCAACAUCCAGAUUUCAGGACAUUAAUGAGGCGUACCAAGUUCUUAGCAAUCCAGUAAAACGGCAGGAGUAUGACAAGAAAGGUGUUUUAUACGUUCAGGAUCAGAAUGCAGCGGAUUACCUGAACCGACACAAGGGUUUAAUACUUACAUGCAAUGGCCUUGGUGUAAGGUACUCUGUGUGGUGAGCUUUCUCCGGGUUACAAGAGUCUGCGUCUAUGUGCGGUCGUGGCUGAUGUGUGUGUAGUUGUAAAAUCCCACCUAGUUCACAAAGUUUAGCACAGUACUACCAUCUGGUGGGGGCUUAGCGUUUCAUCCUACAACAGACAUGAUUUAUAUUUGUUGACUGUCUGUUGUAGGUUGCAGGAGGCAUAGAUGCCCUAUGUCGCACAUUUGCUCCUGAAACACUGUUCCCAUCCUAUGAAAUGAAAGCAUCUGUGUUCAUGAA